CUCAUAGAAGCUUAAAGAAAGGGAUAAACAAAGUUCAUUGGUUUUGUGUUUUCAACGCAGAAAUCUCGAUUAAAUCCUUCACCCAACACCGCCUAAUCAUAAGGUCACGCACAUUAUUUGAGUGAUGGCCUUCAACGGCUUUAAAGAGAUCUUUGUCAAACAAAAGACUUUUCGUCCGAAGAAAAAGUUUGCACCAGAUACUAUUCGUUAUCACUUGCACAAACAUGCAGAGGCUUCGCUAAGCGCGGGAAUCGAUCUCAGAGAAGCGGUGAAAAAGCCUGAUGAUGAGGAACUAAAUGACUGGAUUGCGGUUCACGUUGUUGACUUUUAUAAUCGCAUCAACCUCAUAUACGGGACCAUAUGUGAUCGUUGCACUGAGAAGACGUGCCCCACUAUGUCUGGGGGCAAAAAGUUUGAAUACCAUUGGCGCGAUAAUAUUCACUACAAAAAACCAACUCCUUUACCGGCACCUAAAUAUAUUGAUGAGUUGAUGGACUGGGUUGAUGCGCAGAUUAAUGACCCAUCACUUUUCCCGACUGAUAUAGGUGUUCCUUUCCCAAAAUGCUACAUUCCAACUGUUAAAAAAAUAUUUGGCAGGUUGUUCCGAGUGUUUGUACAUGUCUAUAUCCAUCACUUCGAUCGUUUGCAUGAGAUAGGAGCGGAGGCUCAUGUCAACACUUGCUACAAGCAUUUCUACUAUUUUGUAACUUAUUUCGAUCUGAUCGAUAAAAAGGAACUGGAACCUUUGAAUGAUUUAACCCAAAGAAUCUGUCAUUAACAGAAUCAGAUGGAUAAGUUGCUCGCAUAUUUUUAACACCAAAUCUGUCUUAAUCACCAAACGGUUAUAUAAGGGCCGAAACUGAUAACAUAGACAGCCUCCGCACUUCUACGUGUACCAGUUCUGGCUUUUUCGUUUAACAAUUUCCUUUUUCCUUUCAUCCGAAGGAGACUGGGUUUUCUUCUUAUCAUAUCUUAUUUUAAAAUAUAUCUCCUCGCUGUUUACUGUUCUUAAAAUAAGAAACUAUGCAUUUCCCCGUCAUCCAUACCAUUAUUCGAUUGGCAUUCAGAAAUAAUAUUCUAUUUUGAUUUAUGUACAGUUAUUUCCUUCGCUAUUUUUUGAUGCAUCUAUUAAGCUCAUCUAAUAUAUGCAUUCACUAUUUUCUUACGUCAAAUCUAUAUUAAACGUUUGAUUUUUAAAAAAAAUAUUACCACAGAUUAUUCUCACUGCUACUACUGGAUGUAUCAAAAAGCUUUUGUAUAUUUUAAGCAAUUAGUUAUUUCUAUCCUAAAUGGGGAAGCCAAUUCUCGAUUUUGACAAAUGUACCAUUUUAAUAAUUUCGUUCAUGUAUUUCAUCUACGUAAAUGAAAAUUGUAUUUCCAUAUAGCCGAAAAAUUGAUUGUACAUGCACCGAAGUUUGAGAAAUGUUAAUCCAGUCCACUUACAAAUGAUUUUUAUGAAUGUUUAUUCUAUAUCAUCUUGAUUGAGUAGUAAUUCAACAAAAGUAAAGGCGUUAGUUUUUCGACUUCAACCAUUUUAUACCUUAGGUCUACAUACCUAAUAAAUUGUAUCUCGAAGUUUUGUUCAUAGACCUAUAAUUUUCAACUUCAUAAUCCUUUUCCUG